CAACUCCAUUUUCCCUCUGCCCUGUGGCGAGGCGCGAUUUUGGUUCACUCAUCAAGUUAGAGAAAAACAAAGAAGUUAACGCCUCAGUUGACUGCAGACGUGGCUCGGAUCACGGACUAGAUACUGGACAAGACUCGACGCGUUUUCACGUUUAAUAUCAUGGCGUCGUUUCGCGGUCUUCUUCUUUUCGUCCUGGUCGCGGCUCCUCUGACGGACGCCUCUCCUUCGUUCAUCCCUCCGACCUGUUACUCCAAAGUCCUGAGUAUGGCACGAGAGGCAACGCAAUGGGCUGCGUAUUUCAAGAACCACUACGAGACUAGUCAGUGUAUGGCUCACAUGCCUGACCUCCGCCUCGACGUCCACAACGCGUGUGUGAUGUACAAAAUGAGGACGUACAUCUCGCUGCUGGAGGGGGUCAGGGACAGACGCUGCGCCUACACUCGGGACGUCCGGAGGUUGGGAUACACCCUGAGACAGCUCUUCAUCAUCAUGUCGGAGAAGUGCCACGGGGACUUGGUGUUCACCAUUUACGACUGCGCGGCUCUGGAGAGACCUGGGUACUACUGAUCCCCGCCUCGUGAAGCGUCGUCUGUGGAGCGGCGUCUGUGGAGCGGCGUCUGUGGAGCGGCGUCUGUGGAGCGGCGUUUGUCGUUUGUUCUGACUGAAAACACACAUAAAAUGAACUGGUGUAAAGCUGCACAUUAAAA